AGGGAGCAGCCUCACUGGGAGAACUACGCGCCUCUCUGAAACUUUCCACAGUCAUAGUUCCCCUCCUGUCUCGUUCCUCUCCCACUGAGAUGUCGACACCCGGGGGGUCUCUGCCCUGCGACGGGAUGUACUCCAAACUGAUAGACGACGAAGCCUCUUACGACGAGCUCAACCGCAGGCCAGAUGUUGGACACAGCGGUCACCCAGUCUCCCACGUCAGAGUAAUACCCAGGCCGAGUGGCCCCGUGUUGUACCGCCUCGCCACCAUCUGCCUGGCUACGCUCUGUGCCAUCCUGCUGAUCUCCGUCAUAGCCGUCUCUACACACUAUAAAAACAAAUCUCAGGGCGGGGCUGAGGCCACCGCAGAGGCACAGAAGCAGACGCAGGACUUUAACGUGUCGGCUCUGACCGUCACCAUCAGCAAACUGCAGAAAGAGAGGGAGGAGCUGCAGAAACAGAGGGACGAGCUGCAGAAACAGAGGGACGAGCUGCAGGCCAAACUUGAUGCUAAGCCGACUGCAAAAGCUCCUGACGUGGUCAGACCGACAACAAAGGCUCCGAUCAUCUGCCCGCCGGACUGGCUGCUGUUCAACAACAGCUGUUACUUCAUCUCCAGAAACACGAGGAGCUGGCCAGAGAGCAAGUCGUUCUGUGAGAGCAAAGGAGCCUACCUGGCCAUCAUCCACACCGCUGAGGAGCAGACUUUUCUGUGGGAUCUUCUACCCAGAGGUCACUGGAACUCAUUCUGGUUUGGGAUCACUGACGGGGACACGGAGGAUCAUUGGAAAUGGGUGGAUGGCAGCAGUCUGGUUGGAGGUUUCUGGGAGGAGGGCGAACCAAACAACCACAUCAACGAGGACUGUGGCUACAUCGUCAAGACGCGAGUGUUAGAGCGAGUGGCGAUCCGGAGCUGGUACGACGCCCCCUGCUCCAUGAACCUCCCCUUCAUCUGUGAGAAAGAGAUGAGCACCGCAGCCAGCACGGCCGUGCCGCACUGAGACGUCCACACACCUCUGACCCACGGCUCCUCUCUUUUUAAACAACAUGUUUAAAGCUUACACACUGAGCCGUUCUAAAGUCGGUUUGGAUCCCUGUGCUAAAAUCAAUUGGGGGGGGGGGGGGGUCCUCCAACCAGCGCUCAUCGCCAUCACAUCUGCCAGAGUCCUGACGCUUCCUCCUCUUCCUGUUUCUUCUUUCUCUCCUAAAGAUCAUUCCUCUUCUUUUCUCUUUCUUCACUUUCAUUGGUUUUCACAGCGAUAAUGCUGCGACGCUAAGCAGGGCAACGAGAGUGAGUGCUGUCGGAUGGGGCCCCCUUAGAGAGGUUUCCUGUCAUUGCAAAAUGUUCACAGUUUGGGUCGCUGAUUUGGUUGAAUGUAUGUCAGCCCUCAGGGGCCCCCCUACUGGUCUGGACGUGCAGCGUGCCUCAGGGACUUAUUGAGUCAAACUUAUUGUCAGUCAGGAUUCUAUAAUCUGCAGAUAUAAUGAUCAACAUCCCAUAAAUAUGAAAACAUAAGAAGUCACACUGAUGUCACACUUCCUGCCAACACGCUCACAAUCACCUGCAGUCGUUACUUUACACGCCGAGACUCCGCCCAGUGUUUAAAGGCGGAGUUACACUCAUGUAACCUAAAUCAGUCUAAAUGUUGUUUUGAUCACCUGUACUGAUGAUCCUGAUCCACCAGGUGUGUCUACAUUCAUGAUGUCAUACUUUAACUUAAAUAACAAAUUCACAUCAUGUAACUCUGCUUCUUAUCUCCUUAUAUAAUGUUACAAAGAUGAUGAGUCAGCAUUUCAGUAAAUCAGUCUGUCAUGCUUCAUACUCAUUGACGUUAAUUAAAAUGUGUGUCCUGUGGAUCUUGUAAAUAAAGAAUCAGAGUCAUUAAAGUCUCA